AUGGAGUACACACUGCCCAACGCCGUUGUGAGAGAGCAGGACCUGAGGGGGAAGAACGCGAUAGUGACUGGAGCCACGAGAGGAAUCGGACGAGGCAUCGCCUUCCACCUUGCAGCACGUGGUGCCAACAUUCUCGGGACCUGCUCCAGCGAGGGCUCACUCAAGCUUAUCGCCUCCCUGCAAGAGGAGAUCAAGGCCUUGUAUCAGGAGAAGAACCCCGGAAACCACCCAGCACCCAAGAUCUUCGGCGUCGUCGCCUCUCUGACCGAGCCGCAGGAAUGCUGCUCCGUAGUCGUGGAUGCGGUCAAGGAUCACCUCAGCGGCGACGUCAACAUCCUUGUGCAGAACGCCGCUGUUGCUGAGAUCCAGCCCAUCGAAACCAUCGAUGAGGGGCACGUGCACCGCUCGCUGACCGGCAACAUCGAGACACCAAUAUUCCUGAUAAAAGCACUUCUUCCGCACUUUCGCCCCGAGAGCCGAAUUGUCAAUAUAUCUUCUGAGGGCGCUCGUCUCUCUGCGCCUGGAGGGCUUGUGUAUUCGGCAUGCAAGGCUGCACUCGAGGCCAUGACGCGGGUGUGGGCCGAGGAGCUCGGAAAGAGGAAGGGCAUGGAGAGAACGACGGUUAACGCGCUGAGCGUGGGGCUGACACGCACGGACCUGGUCAAGAAUCUCUCCGAGGACGAUCCCAUCACAAAAGUGAUGGUCUCGCGGACUCAGUUGGUGUGCGUAGAGGAGCGUUUUGGCGAGCCGGAUGAUAUCGCGGAAAUUGCCGGAUGGCUAUGUACAGAGAAGGCCAGAUGGGUGACGGGUUCUGUGAUGAAUGCAAACGGCGGCGUAACGAAGAUCCUGUAG